AUGUCUCGCGUCCAUCUUCAAGACGAACUUGCACAAUCCGUUGAACGGGUGAUUGUGCAGACACAAUACGGUCCAAUCAAGGGUGGGCGUGCUGUGAACGGAGCAGCCGCGUUUCUAGAGGUUCCAUAUGCAUUGCCCCCGGCACGAUUCGAGAAUGCGAAGCCUCUCCCGAAAGGUUUCGUAUAUGAGGACAAGGAGUACAUCUACGAGAGCAGCUAUGGUGUUCAGCCAACGAACGAUGGGCAAGCUGCCAGUGCGCCGUAUGAGGACAAAGUUGGUUUAGGCAAACCCACCGAAAAUCCCCUUUUUGUGAACAUAAUUUGUCCACCGUCUUUCCCAGCGAAGAGGGCUUUCCCAGUCAAGGUCUAUAUUCACGGCGGAUUUUUGCAAUUCGGAUCACCUCAUGGGCUAGGCGGGCAGGCACAGUUCGUAGCUGCAGAACAGUCAGAAGUUUGGGUCAACGUUGGCUACCGGCUUUCGGCAUUCGGUUUCCUUGCCAGCGAUCAACCAAAGCUGAACGGAAACUUCGGUUUCCAGGAUCAGUGGCUGGCGUUGCUGUGGGUGCGGGAGAAUAUCCAGACAUUUGGAGGCAAGUACAAGCAACCCAGAAGACAUACAGAUCAGCGGAUUGUCUGCAGGUACAUCGAAAUACUGCAUCAUGCUUCUCGUCUUCCUGAAGGCGAAAAGGCACCGUUCCACUCCGCCAUCCUCCAGUCUAACUCCAUUGUGAUUGCUCCCAAGACCCCUACGGAGCUGCGCCCCCAGUUCCAGGCACUGUGCUGUGCCCUUAAGCUCGAUCCCGAUGCUCCCGACCUGCUCGCUACUCUCCGCGACCCCGAGCAGGUGCCGUGGUCUGUGAUCACGCACGCCAUCGAGACAGAUGCCGUGGGCAUCGAGCACGGGACGUUCCGAGGGUGUAUGGACGACGUGUGGAUGUCGUCCGCGCCCGAGCCCAUGGAGUGGCAGCGCUCGGGCGGGUUUGCACGCGCUCUCCAGGCCCGCGGCGUGCGAUGCAUCGUAGUCGGCGAUCUCACGGAGGAGUGGUACCUCUACUCGAUCGCGCACCCCGUCACGAGCAUGCGUGACGUCGAGCUGAACAUGGAGCGCUACUACCAAAUCGACGUCGUCAAGAAGAUGAUGACGAAGUACCGCGAGGUUCCCGCCGGGUCAUCCGAGGAGGAAUUCAAGAGGCUAUUUGGGGAGAUGCUGAGUGAGGGACAGGUGCAUCUUCCUGUACGGUUACUUGCGAGGGACCUCAUGGCGGCCGGGUUCCCUGUCAUACGAUACGAGAUCGGCUGGACUCCUGAGCAGGUCAGGCCUUUUGGAUAUGUAACGCAUGGAACCGAUCGUCCCCUGUGGACAAUUCGACGACCGACUCUAGAGCCUUCGCAAGUGGACGUUGCCCGUGCAUGGGUCGACAGGAUCGAGUCUGAAGUGAAAGCAGUGCUCGACGGGAAAUCGUCGAGCAAAGAUCUGCACGAGGUCUUGGCACUCAAUGGGAACAAAACGAUCUCGUGGAAGAAGGAUGAUAAGUGGGAUGACCUAAUGCGACUUGUCGAUGCUCUUCCUGGGGAGACUGCUUGA